AUGGCCGACACCGUCGAACCCCAGGUCGAGCCCUACCCCAACGAAAAGGCAACUCACGAAGCAGUCAUUAACGAGGCAUGGACUCCCGACCAGCUGCCCUCAGGAUGGAUGUACAGACAUCGCGGUAGAAUUCCCUGGUACGCUUCUCCCGCGAUCCAGCUCGGUCUAGUCGCAUUUGUGUGUUUCUUGUGUCCUGGUAUGUUCAACUCUUUGGGUGGUCUCGGUGGAGGUGGUAAGACCGAUGCUACUUUGGCCGACAACAUGAACAUCGCCCUCUACUCGACCUUCGCCGUUGUGGGUUUCUUGGCUGGUACCAUUGUUAACCGUCUGGGUGUGCGCUACUCCAUCGGUUUCGGUGGUCUCGGUUACUCCAUCUACGCUGGCUCCCUUCUCGCCUCCGUUCAUGAAAAUGUUCCCGGCUUCAACAUCUUCGCCGGUGCUUUCCUUGGUGUUUGCGCCGGUGUCCUCUGGGCUGCCCAGGGUGUCAUCAUGGUGUCUUAUCCAACUGAAGCCCAAAAGGGUCGCUACUGGGCUUGGUUCUGGGCUAUCUUCAACAUCGGUGGUUGUAUCGGUAGUUUGAUUCCUCUCGGUCAGAAUAUCAACGUCAAGGUGGCCGCCACCGUUAACGAUGGUACCUACAUUGCUUUCAUCGUUUUGAUGGUCAUCGGUGCUUUUUUGGCGCUUUUCCUCGUCGAUGCCGACAAGAUUAUUCGAUCCGAUGGUACAAAGGUCAUUCUCAUGAAGAACCCCAGCUGGUGGUCCGAACUCAAGGGUUUGUACACUUGUAUCCUUGCCGAGCCAUACAUCAUUCUGUUGUUCCCCAUGAUGUGGUCUUCCAACUGGUUCUACACCUAUCAGGAGAACGCCAUCAACGCCGCCUACUUUGACACCCGUACUCGUGCCCUGAACGGUUUCUUGUACUGGUUCGCUCAGAUCUGUGCUGCCUCCGUUAUUGGUCCCCUCCUCGACAACGCCAAGAUUCGUCGUUCUCUCCGUGCCCGCGUCAUGUUCGUCACUCUCAUCGUCUUGACCGUCGCCAUCUAUGGUGGCGGUUGGGCCUGGCAGAAGAACUACGACCGCGCCGAUGUCGUCACUGACUCCGCUCCCUUCUUCCAGGCUUGGGAUUGGAGUACCCCUGGCUACGUUGGUCCUAUGUUCUUGUACUUCUUCUACGGUGCUUACGACGCUGUCUGGCAAGGUUGCAUGUACUGGAUCAUGGGUGCUCUCUCCAACUCCGGUCGUCGUACCGCCAACUACGUUGGUUUCUAUAAGGGUCUCCAAUCUGCCGGCGCCGCUGUCAUGUGGUCUCUCGACAAGAACAAGCUUUCUUACAAGAAGGAGUGGGGCACAAACUUGGGCUUGCUUCUUGGAUCUCUCAUCAUCGCUGCUCCUUUGAUCUUUAUUCGCAUCAAGGAUCACGUCGAAAUUGAGGAUGAUUUGGUCGAUGUCGAUGAGACCAUCGAGGACGUUGUCCCCACUGUGGUUUUAGAGAAGACUGAGAAGGUUUAA